AUGCCUAAGCGCCCACGUCUCUCUUUCUGCCUUUCUAAGACAAAUGGGAUCAAAGUCCGUCUUUUCUCUACUACCCACACCAAGGCCUCUCGUUCUGAUCUAUUCGACUACACGUCAGGCCGGUGGAUCUACAAUGACGCCCUACGGCACCGGGAGAGAAGGCGAAUCUUCAACGUUCCGGAGCUUAAGCGCCUGGCAGCGUCAUCAAUCGGCCAGAAGGAAGAAGACGUGGUUGGUUUCGAGAAGCUAGCCGAGGGAGGGUUCAACAGGACCUUUCUCGUGACGAUGCGAGAUACAUUUCGAUUCGUGGCACGGAUUCCUUAUCCUGUAACUCAGCCCAAAUCCUUGGUCAUCGCCAGUGAAGUCGCGACCAUGGAUUAUCUCCGUGCUCAUGACAUCCCAGUCCCCCAGGUCUACGGCUACUCUGCAACUGCCGAUAACCCUGCGGAGACGGAAUACAUUUUCAUGGAACUUAUGCCAGGACACAACCUGGGUGACAUAUGGUUCGACCUGACUGAGAAGCAGAGGUCCAGAUUGCUUACGCAGCUGGUGCAGGUCGAGUCGCGAUUGUUUGCGCUGCGAUUUCCAGCGAGCGGGAGUCUGUAUUACUGCUCCGACCUGCCUGAGCAUACCAAGGUCAUCGUUGCGAGCCCGACAACCAGCGCAGGCCGCUUCUGCAUCGGUCCGGAGACAUCGCUUGGGCUGGUGUACGGGAGGAGGUCGAGCUUACAAGUAGACCGUGGACCAUAUCAAGAUACCCUCACAGCAUUAACAGCCGGUGCAAAAAAGGAGAUUGCAUACCUGUCCCAAUUCGGCCAACCUCUCCAGCCCUUCCAGCGUCUCCGCAGAGAGACCUACAACUACCAGCCCCAAUCGCACCUCGACCACAUCGCAACCCUCAACCAAUAUCUCCAGAUCGCACCGAGUCUUACUCCCCACAAUAAUCCAGCCCUGCAGCGCCCCGUCCUCCGACAUCCAGAUCUCCAACCCAACAACAUCUUCGUCACAAACGAACUCGAAAUCACCGCGCUGAUCGACUGGCAGCACACCGCAAUUCUCCCCCUAUUCCUACAAUGCGCCAUCCCCAACAGCAUCCAAAACUACGGCGACGAGAUCUCCGAGUCUCUAACGGAACCGACCGUGCCGGCCAAUUUCAACGACCUGGAACCACAAGAGCAAUAUGCUCAAGCCGACCUCUUCCGUAAGCGUCAGCUUCACUACCUCUACGUCAAAAUGACCUCGCAGAUGAACACCGAGCACUACGAUGCCCUGGCCCAUGGGUUCAGCACGCUGAGACGACGGAUCUUUCAUCAUGCCAGCGAGCCCUGGGAAGGCGAUAAUGUAUCGCUCAAGUCGGAUCUGAUUACACUCUCGCAGAAGUGGACAAAUAUCAAUGGUACAGGUGGCAAUGCGCCACCUUGUCCACUGGUAUACUCCGACGCCGAGUCAACUGAGUGCUUCAGACUAGCGCGCGCUCAAGCUGAGGCAGAUGAGCAGUUCAGAUUGUGCCGGGAUGUGAUUGGGGCUGGGAAUGAGGGCUGGGUUCAUGUUGACCAGUAUGAGGAGGUUAAGGCAAGGGAAAGGACAUUGAGGAGGAAUGCACUUGACGCGGCGGAAACGGAUCAGGAGAGGAAAGAGAUAGAGGAGAAUUGGAUUUUUGAUGAUUUUGAUGAGGAUGGGUAUAUGUAG